AUGCCCUUCACGGCUAUUUCGAACGAGAACGACCUCAAGAUCGUGAUUGUCAUGGUCGGCUUGCCCGCUAGGGGCAAGUCCUACGUCUCGCAGAAGAUAAUGCGGUACUUGAAGUGGAUGUCCGUUCGCUGCGAGAUCUUCAACGUAGGGCACUACCGGAGGAAACUCGGGUUUGAGAAGCCGGACCACGAGUUCUUCGAUUUUGAAAACGACGAACUGUUCAAGAUAAGAGAGGAGGCGCUCAAAUUGGCAUUCAACAGCAUGGUCGAGUGGUUUGACCAGCCCGUGGAUGAUUCCAACUGGGAGAGGGAUCUGGGCAGGGUGGCUAUCCUGGAUGCCACGAACAGCACGAGGGAGAGGAGGAGCACGGUGUUGGAAUUGUGCAGGGAGAAAGGGUUCGUCACCAUGUUUGUCGAGAACUGGUGCGAUAUCUCCGAUGUCAUAGAGAAAAACAUCGAGGAUACGGUGAAGUCGUCCCCGGACUACACGGGGAUGGAGGUUGCUAGGGCAACGGAGGAUUUCAAGAAUAGGAUUGACAACUAUGAGCGUGUCUACGAGACGCUCGACCAAAAUAAUGACGCAGAUUUGACUUUCGUGAAGUUAAUCAACAUCAGCGAGGCCGUCGUCAUCAACAAGAUUAGGACUUACUUGCAACGCAGAAUCGUGUUCUACGUGAUAAAUUUGCAGGCGAAACCGAAAUACAUUUGGUUAUCGAGACACGGCGAGUCCCUGUACAACGUUGAAAAGAAAAUCGGCGGAGAUUCGUCCCUGUCGGAGAGAGGGCUACAGUAUGCAAGGAAAUUAAAGUCGAUCGUGGCGGACACCAUCUCGGGAGAGAGUAAAGAGCACUUGACAGUGUGGACGUCUACUUUGAUCAGAACGCAAGAGACUGCACAGUUCUUACCGUACCCAAAAAAAAAAUGGAAGGCGCUCGAUGAGCUAGACGCUGGACUUUGCGACGGGAUGACGUACGAAGAGAUCGAGGAACAGUACCCGGAGGAUUUUAAAGCGCGUGAUGACGAUAAGUACGAGUACAGAUACAGGGGCGGCGAAUCGUACAGAGAUGUAGUCAUCAGAUUGGAACCCAUCAUAAUGGAGAUGGAAAGACAAGAGCAUGUCCUCAUUAUCACCCACCAAGCUGUACUCCGGUGCAUAUACGCGUACUUCAUGAAUGUUCCACAGGAGGAAUCUCCAUGGAUGUCUAUCCCUCUACACACAUUGAUCCAAUUGGAAACGAGACCCUACGGCACGAUAGUGACCAGAAUCAAGGCCAAUAUCCCUGCCGUGAGCACGUACAAGAAGAAGGGGACAAGUUCUAUCGGAGAAAUAGCUGAUCCUAACAGUAGCUCAAAUAUUAUUUUCAAAACACCAGAACGUGCAUGA